GCUCAGUUGUUUACUUUCGAAUUGGAAUGCAAAGACGCAGAGUGAGAAGAAUAGCGCAGUCGCAGAGUAGUGGAAUGCGGCAAUGCUUCCCUCUGUUAAAAUCGUGGAAGUUUCUGCCCAAUCGUAGUAGAAUUCUAUACAAAAACAGAAAGGAAGAAUUCCGAGAUUUCUGGAAAAUCUAUGGAGCUAGCCUCUUGUUUCACAUAACAUAUGCGAUAGUCAUUGCAGAGUUCGCCUUUCCUACCUACGACAUCAUCUACGAUAUCAAACGAAAAAUUUCACCUGAUUUUGACUUGUACUGCCAGUAUGGUGAUAAGGCCGAAUAUCAUUUGGAACUCUCGAAUCGAAUACGUUUGCUGCAACGGGAACAGGAACGUUUGGAGUAUGAGAAAGCCACGAUCAAAUCACCAGAAGCUCGUUUUGGCGGAACUAUUUGAUUCAUUGUGAAUUAUAUCUACACAGAUGGUCACAUUAAAUUCCUUUCUUUCGAGUUUUGCUAGGUUUGUCAUGUUUACUCAGUGCAAUAGUUUAGGAAAUAGGUCAGCGGAAUAUUCAUGUUAUCUUGUUAUUGUUGUGGAUUU